AUGUUAAUUAUUUUAAAACAAAUAAAUUCCUUUUAUUUAUUUUUUAUUAUUUUUUUAAAUUUAUUUAAUUUAAUUAUUGGCUCUGGACAAUUAAGAUUUCAAUUGACUACUUUUAAUAGUUCUGAGGAAUUUCGAAUAGAAUUGUGUGCUACCGAAUUUCAUUUGCGUGAAUCAUCUAGUAAAAGUGAAUGGGGAAAAGAUUGUAAAUUUGGAAGAGCAGAAGUUUUUGUACGCGGUAAUGGCACUUUUGAUGACCGGCAACAAUCAACAUCAUCAAAAACAGCAUCGAUUUCAUUGCCUUUUACUCAUUUUUGGCGGGUCUGUUUUUGUAUUUAAUUUUUACAAAAAAUGUUUUUUGUUGGG